AUGAAACUCCCAACCUUCCUCCCCCGCACCAUCUUCCCAACCCUCGAAUCCCUUCCCCGCUCCUACUACCUAGGCCACCAUGCCGCAGGCCUCUCCAAAAUGCGCACCAUGCUCUCGCAGAUUGACUUGAUCAUCGAAUGCCGCGACUACAGAAUCCCGCUGACGUCGCGGAAUCCGUUGUUCGAGGAGAGUCUAGCGGGGAGGGAGAGGGUGGUGGUGUACACGAAGAGGGAUUUGGGUGGGGGUGGGGAGGAUGUUUCGAAGCGCCACGCCACAAUCCGCGCCUGGCACCACCCCACCCCCACAAUCUUCUCCUCGCACCGCUCCCAAAAAGACAUCCGCCAGAUCCUCUCCCACAUCAAAGACGCUAGCACCGCCCGCAACGCCCUAACAGGCUCGCACCUCAUGGUCGUCGGCAUGCCCAACGUCGGCAAAUCCUCCUUGCUCAACGCCCUCCGCCGCGAAGGCGUCAACAAAGGCAAGGUCGCCCACACCGGCGCCCAACCUGGCAUCACGCGCAAGAUCGGGACGGGCGUCAAGAUCGUCGAGGCGGACGAGACGGGUUCGGGAGGUGUGUAUUUGCUGGAUACGCCGGGGGUGUUCAUGCCGUAUGUGCCGGACGCGGAGGCCAUGUUGAAGUUGGCGCUGUGUGGGAGUGUGAAGGACACGGUUGUGCCGCCGUUCAAUCUGGCGGAUUACUUACUGUUUCAUGUCAAUUUGCAUGAUCCGUCGUUGUAUGGAGAAUAUUGUCCUCCGACCAAUGAUGCGAUGGAGUUGUUGGAGGCGAUGGCGAGGAAGACGGGGCGGUUGCAGAGAGGGGGGACACCUGUUUUGGAGGCUACGGCGUUGUGGAUGAUACAAAGAUGGCGGAACGGUCAUCUGGGGACAUUUCUUCUGGAUGAUGUCUCCGAAGAGGCGAUCGAGAGGUACACAUCUGGGAAGAACUCGCAAAACAGCAGUCUCAGCCAAGCGCGUAAAGCGGGAAAGGAGGCUGCUCGCAUUCGUCAAAGAGCAAGGAGAUCGGGAACAACGGCGGAGUGA